AUGAGUCAAUAUAAAUUUGAAACUUUAAAAGUAAAUUUUCCUUUGGAGAAUGUUAUUCAUGUGGAAUUAUCACGACCUUCUAAACUUAAUGCCAUUAAUAAUCUUACUUGGAUUGAAAUUGGUAAAUGUUUUUCAACUAUAAAGACGGAUCCAGAUAUUAGAGCUGUGGUUAUAUCAGGAGCAGGAAAAUUAUUUACUGCAGGAAUUGAUGUUAACAGCUUGGGAUCAACUUUAACGAUAGAUAAACCAGAUGCUGCUAGAAAAGCAAUUACAACACGUAAUACACUAUUGUUAUUUCAAGAAUCAAUAACUGCGAUAGAAACUUGUUAUAAGCCUGUUAUUGCAGCAAUUCAUAAUGCAUGUAUUGGAAUAGGUGUUACUUUGAUCACAGCUUGUGAUAUUAGAUAUUGUUCACAAGAUGCAUUUUUCAAUGAGGUUGAUUUAGGUUUGGCAGCAGAUGUUGGAACAUUACAACGUCUUCCAAAAGUUAUUGCAAAUGAUAGUCUAGUCAGAGAAUUAUGUUAUACUUGUCGAAAUAUGUUUGCAGAUGAAGCACUUUCAGCUGGUUUAGUGAAUAAAGAAGCAAUGAACGUUGCAAAAACCAUUGCGUCAAAGUCACCAGUUGCGAUAAUGAGUACAAAACAUCUUUUAAACUAUUCACGUGAUCAUUCUGUUGCUGAAGGUCUUGAAUACACCUCGGUAUGGAAUGGUUCAAUGCUUGAUACUAAAGAUGUGACUGACUCUAUUAAUGGUUUUAUGACAAAAACCAAACCAAUCUAUUCAAAACUUUGA